GUACUUUACACGUUGGUUCCUUUUGUAUGUGAUCGCUCUGUACUUACAUUCGUUCCUUUUUUAUAUGAUAUUCUCUCUCUGUAAUUUUGGUUUGAUGCCAAUUAUCGGCUUACAAAUUUAUUUGAUACUUUAGAUACUAUUUAGUAGUUAUUUGAAUUGGAGCCAACUUGUGCCAAAUUUAUAAACUUCAGGAAAUCUACACUAUCAAAAAUUUGGUAACGUCGAAACUUACUCAAUAUUUGACCGUGACAAAAUUUUGAUAGUUCUUUUCAGUUUUGCAAAUGAACUGCAAGCGCAGAAAAACGGAAGUACUCCUAUCGACCAACAUCAGCAAAAUAUUCUCCGCUGUUUCUUCCGUGAACUUCGUCCAUGCAAAAAAUCUGCGCACAUGCACAGCACUCGUUUCCUUAUUGAAUCACAUGGAGAAUCUUUACCCCUCUCGAAUUCAAAACUCAAUUUUAGAAAGUAAAAAAAUUGAAGCGUUGUGGUGGCAACCCUCUAAAAUUCUCGCUCGCCCUCCUCCUUAAUCCCGGCAGAGGAAUCCAUCCAUCCAUCCAUCGCUCCUCCACCGGCAGCGACCACCGGCGAGAGCGAGCUCCUCUCCGGCUCCGGCUCCGGCCCUACCUCCCCUCCCCCCCACCGGUCAGGCCAUGUCGCCCGCUCCGCCGCCGUCGCGCGGCCGCAUCCGGCCGUGGCUGGUGGUGGGCGACCUGGUGGUGGCGGCGAUGUGGGUGUGCGCGGGCGCGCUGGUGAAGCUCGCCGUGUACGGGGUGCUCGGCCUCGGUGGCCGCCCCGAGGCCGACGCCGUCAAGGUGGCGCUCUCCCUCGUCUACAUGUUCUUCUUCGCCUGGCUCGAGGGCUUCACCGGCGGUGCCUCCUACAACCCGCUCACCGUCCUCGCCGGUGCCCUCGCAUCCCGCGCCGGCCCCUCUCUCUACCUGUUCGCCGCCUUCGUACGGAUGCCUGCGCAGGUGUUUGGGUCGAUUCUUGGAGUGAAGCUCAUCCGAGCAGCUCUCCCUAAAGUAGGCAAAGGAGCUCCGUUAAGCGUUGGAGUUCACCAUGGAGCGUUAGCUGAAGGGUUGGCAACUUUCAUGGUUGUUAUAGUGUCGGUGACUCUUAAGAAGAAGGAGAUGAAAGGGUUCUUUAUGAAGACAUGGAUCUCGAGCAUUUGGAAAAUGACAUUUCAUCUCCUUAGCUCAGAUAUAACUGGAGGAGUCAUGAACCCUGCAUCUGCUUUUGCUUGGGCCUAUGCUCGAGGGGAUCACACAACAUUCGACCACCUACUUGUAUAUUGGCUUGCACCCCUCCAAGCAACCUUGCUAGGAGUAUGGGUCGUGACCUUAUUAACUAAACCCAAGAAGAUAGAGGAAGAAGCAGAUGAAAGCAAAACCAAGAAGGAGUAGACUAUUAUUGAUGUGGUAAUGUUCGCCAUUUAUUGUGGAAGUGUGGAGCAAGAACUUCCAUUUUUUUCACCAGGCAAGACUGGUGUUGAACUUAUACAGACAGGAUCAUUUUUAUGCUGUAAGCCCCUCAUAUUGUCAACGUGUAUAAUUUGUAUCUAGCUUAUCUUAAUUGUGCUGAAGCUUGUACAUGAUUUGUCUAGCCAAAUAUUAUAAACAUAAGGGAAGAGAUGGAACAGCUAAAGUUCCAUGUACAAUGGUGCCAUAUUCGGCACUAAACUUUUUUCAAAUCGUUGGCAAUAUCAGCUGGCAGCUUGUGAUGAUAUAAUUAACUGGAAUGCCAUUCUUCUCUAGUUUUUUAGAGAAAGUGAAAACAAA